UGGGAGCGCCCGGGGCCCGCGAAGGAGGAGGUGGCUCAGGAGUCUGGGCGCACCGUGGGAACCGGCCCCGGGGGAGGCGUGGAAAGGCGGGGCCCGGGACUCGGCCAGCCUCUCCUGUGCUGAUCACAAAAUCUCGGAGCUGAAACAGCCCGUUGUUCGCAGCCUCCCUCUGACCCGCCACCCUGCACAUUGUUUUCCAUUCUCCCGGGUCGCGGGUGGGAGGCGAGGCACGCCGGGGUUCUGGAGCUUGGCCGCGCGCCAGGCUUGUGGCCUUCGUCCCCUGGGGCCAUUGGGGCGGCCGCGCCUCUCCGGCGGGAGGAGAGAACGCGUGGGUGCGGGUGGCUGCUCCGGCCCUUCCGCCUCCAGCUCGGCCAUGGGGUCGCGCAGCUCCCACGCCGCGGUCAUUCCCGACGGGGACAGUAUUCGGCGAGAGACCGGCUUCUCCCAAGCCAGCCUGCUCCGCCUGCACCACAGGUUCCGGGCACUGGACAGGAACAAGAAGGGCUACCUGAGCCGCAUGGAUCUCCAGCAGAUAGGGGCGCUCGCCGUGAACCCCCUGGGAGACCGCAUUAUAGAAAGCUUCUUCCCCGAUGGGAGCCAGCGAGUUGAUUUCCCGGGCUUUGUCAGGGUCCUGGCUCAUUUUCGCCCUAUAGAAGAUGAGGACACAGAAACCCAAGACCCCAAGAAACCUGAACCUCUCAACAGCAGAAGGAACAAACUUCACUAUGCAUUUCAGCUCUAUGACCUGGAUCGCGAUGGGAAGAUCUCCAGGCAUGAGAUGCUGCAGGUUCUCCGUCUGAUGGUCGGGGUACAGGUGACAGAAGAGCAGCUGGAGAACAUCGCUGACCGCACAGUGCAGGAGGCUGAUGAAGAUGGGGAUGGGGCUGUGUCCUUCGUGGAGUUCACCAAGUCUUUAGAGAAGAUGGACGUUGAGCAAAAAAUGAGCAUCCGGAUCCUGAAGUGACUCCAUUUGUGCCUUGGGCUUGCUCCUGCAACCAGUAUCUCCUUGGAAUUCACCCAAAGCCCCCGUGGAUGCACGGACGCAGGGCGCCAAUAAACUGUAUUCUUGCUUCUAACUCUAUUUAGGGCCAAGGGAAGAAAGCUGGAAGGAUGUGUACUAAAGUCUAGCUCAGCAGUCCCCAACCUUUUUGGCAUCAGGGGCAGUUUUUCCACGGAUGGGUGACAGGGGAUGGUUUUGGGAUGAUUCAAGUGUGUUACAUUUAUUGUGCACUUUAUUUCUAUUAUGAUUACAUUGUAAUAUAUAAU